GUAUCCGCCAAUGCUUCUGAUUCUCGGUUUUCUUCGGUGUCUAGGGUUAAUUCCCCUUCUGUGUCCAAGAGUCUAGUCUUUGCCUGUUUUUCCGAGUACUGCCGAACAAAAAUUUCAUUUAUGGCAUGCACGUUUGGGCCAUCUUCAUUGUGGUCGGCUUGUGACUAUGUUUAAACAACGAUUGUUCGGUCCUAACGCGUUCCCUACUAGUAACCUACCAUUACCUCCGGAAAACAACAAUAUACACUUAUCUCGGGCUUUAGUUGAUGUAGGGUAAGGGUAACCACACGUUUGUUCCCCUGUCCUUGUCCUUAAACAACAGAAAUACCUAGCCCUUGCACUUCCAAUAUUGCAAUUGAUGAAUUUUGAUUUUAUAAGUGACUUUGGACAACGUAAUCCCAACUCGCCAACAUUUUACAUUUGUGCGGGAAAGGAGUCGAAAGGCAGGGAGGGAGGGAGCGCGCCUUUAGACGGGGACGGGGAAAGGGGGAAAAUGGAGCAGAUAAGAAAGAGGCGUUGGAGCAGCAGGCUGGGCUUCCUUUCCAAAACACAGCAUUCCAAACAUGGCAAAACUCCAUCGACAUCCCUCCUGACCCUUCUCUCCAAGUUUCCGCUCUCAGAAUUCCUCGCACCAUUCCCCCGAAAUCCAGCAAACGGAGCCGGCGAACAACAACAUCUUUUCUCGCUCGCCUUCGCUCUCGUCACUCUCACAAGGUUCUCAUGCCCACUCUCGUUUUUUUGUUUGUUUUGGGGUCACACAGCGUCUGUUCUAGGGUUUCUGGCGAUCUCCGUAUUCAUGGCGAUUUUGAGUCCGGAGACCUGGUCGAUGACGUACAUUUUCCCGCUGCUGAAUCUGUCGUUCUGCGUCCUUAUUUUUGGUCCCCGUUUGCGUGGUUUCUGCAUAUACUUGGUCAGAAUUAGUUCCUCCCGCCAUGGAAUUUAGGUUUUCUGCUUCAUUGUUUUGAUUUAUGGAGUUUUAGUUGUGUCUAUUCAUUCACUUUGUGGUAGUGAUUCGUCAGCUCUUUUACUGGUUAAUGUUGGAGCUCGGUCUUAUUGUGCUUCAUUCGUGCUUGAAAGGGCAGGAUUCCAGGUUUUAACGGGAAUUGGAUGAAAUGGGGAGCCCUCCAGGGAAUGGGAUCGCCAUUGCUGACCUUGGCUUCAUAGCCAGGAAGAAGAGGAGUUGUGGAACUCGCCGGCCUUAUUCUGAGCCACAGAGAGUCCUAGGUACGUACGGAUUCUUUCCACAGUCCACUUCUGCUCAGUCUUCAGGUGCUGGAUAUGGGGAGGAGAGUUUACGUUUGAGCCAACACACGGCUGGUGAGAAGAAUGGUUUGAAGAAGUUGAAGCUGAAAGUUGGUGGUGUUACUAGGACCAUACACACUAAAGCUGCAGCUGAAUAUGGGAAUGGUGGUGCCAGCGCGUCUUAUGCCUCUAAGCAUACCGAAAAACAGCAUUUUCAGAACUCUAAUUUUGGAAAGGAGAAAGUUUUAAAAGGAAAGAUAUCCAAUGAGAAUGAGUGUGAACCGACUCGUAAGAGUAAACGAGUUCCUAAGAGACGUAAGCUGGAUCUCGGAUUUGAUGAAGAUGAUGAUUAUAUGGACGAGGAGAUUCGUUACCUCGGAAGGAUCAAUGCUACCAGGGUUUCUGCAGAUUGUGAAGACUACGAGGGUUGUGGAACAGAAGCAGGAAUUAUGGAAGUUACAGACAUUGGGAGAGUGAAGAGGUCUGAAAAGCCUGUUGAAGAUGAUGUCUAUAUGGUAGAAGGAAAGAAAGAACUGGCAUCGGAUGAUGAGCCUGAAUGUAAGAUCAAGAAGUCGGGUUUUGCAGAAGGAAAGAAUGACAGAGAUCGUGUGGUGAAACAAGAUGUUUCAUUGAGAUCUGGUUCGGCUUUGGUUGAAUUCCCAGAUGGUUUGCCAGAUGCUCCGAAAAAAUCAAAGGCCAAUUUCCCUUGUGUGGAUAAGCAGUUGAAGAAAGCUGAGGCUGCCCAGAAGCGUAAAUUGCACGCAGAGAAGCUUGCCAAGGAGGCUGAGGCUGAGGCUAUCAGGAAGAUUUUGGGCCAGGAUUCUUCAAGGAAGAAGAAGGAAGAAAAGAUGAAGAAACAGAGGGAUGAAGUAGCUCAGGUAAAGGCUAGUAAGGGAGAUGAACUUGGUGCAAAUACAAUUAGAUGGGUCAUUGGUCCAUCAGGCACUACUGUCACUUUCUCUAAUGACGUGGGUUUGCCUCGGAUACUUAGUUCAACUCCUUGCAGCUACCCUCCACCAAGGGAGAAAUGUGCAGGCCCGAAUUGCACAAAUGCUUAUAAGUAUCGAGAUUCCAAGUUGAAGCUCCCCUUGUGCAGUCUUCAUUGUUACAAGGCAAUACAAGAGAAGGUGCAGCCUUUAAUAACUUGUUGAUACAGCUAUUAUCUUUUCUCAACAAGUCAGCUUAUGUUUAGUUGGGUCAUAGGGAUGGUUAGGACCAGGAGGUUGAAUGUAAAAUUAGUUAACCAGGUAUAGAGCUGCCUUGAAUGACUGGUAUCAAGGAAGGAAUCGCUAAGGGGAAGUGGAACUGGCACUCUGGCAGUCUAACAAAAGGAAGAAAUUAUUGGCAUUAGUUCGUAUGAUCUGUUCCUGAUUAAGUAGGUCAAUUUUUUGAUGGCUAUGAUUAUCUGCCAAGACUUUGUACUUAAACUAUGUAAACCUGCCUUGACUGGCUGGUAUCUGAUUGAGGUAACUAAAUUUCCCUCCAUGCUUUUGACAAAGUUUAUAUAGAGACAUUGGGACUCCUUGUGUUGUCUGGAUUUGCAGGUUUUUGCUGCAUUUUACUUUAGGCCUGCUCAUUUGUAAUUGUAACAUCUCUUUUUCAUACACAAAAAAUUCCAAUUAAUUAGAGAAUCUAUAUCUAUCUAUAUAUAUUUAUUUAUUUAUACUAUAUAUUAUGGCAAUUCAAAAUUAACUUCUUGUCACAUAAGCACUUGGAGAAUUCACAAGUUGUCAAGGUGGACAACUUUUUUGCAAACACAAAUUCAUUAUUGAUCUAUUUAUGAAGCUAUCUCUCUCUUCUUUUAAUAUUUCUACUCAUCUUUACUAAAAUUUAUAAUAAAUUACAUUUUUAUGA